GGACCGUUCGAUCCUCCGCCCAACUCCUAUUUAAUACCAUGUCUCUCCAUUGCUAGGGUUUGAUUUCCAGACGAGCGAAGCAUUCGUCGAAGGGACUACGCGCGGCGCGAGUGCGAUAGCCAUGGCGACCCAAAUGAGCAAGAAGCGAAAGUUCGUAGCGGACGGAGUGUUCUUUGCCGAGUUGAACGAGGUCCUGACAAGAGAACUCGCUGAGGAUGGCUAUUCUGGUGUCGAGGUUAGGGUUACGCCCAUGCGAACAGAGAUCAUUAUCCGGGCGACCCGCACUCAGAAUGUCCUUGGCGAGAAGGGCAGAAGAAUUAGGGAGUUGACAUCGGUGGUCCAGAAAAGAUUCAAAUUUCCUGAGAACGGCGUGGAGCUCUACGCAGAGAAGGUGAACAAUAGGGGGCUCUGUGCUAUUGCUCAAGCUGAAUCACUGCGUUACAAACUUCUCGGUGGCCUUGCUGUUCGCAGGGCCUGUUAUGGUGUCUUGAGGUUUGUCAUGGAGAGUGGUGCAAAGGGAUGUGAGGUAAUAGUAAGUGGAAAGCUCAGGGCCCAGCGAGCUAAAUCCAUGAAGUUCAAGGAUGGAUACAUGAUUUCUUCUGGUCAGCCAGUAAAGGAAUACAUUGACUCUGCAGUGAGGCAUGUUCUUCUUAGACAGGGUGUUCUUGGAAUCAAGGUCAAAAUUAUGUUGGACUGGGAUCCAAAGGGGAAGCAAGGGCCCACGACUCCACUUCCAGAUCUUGUCACUAUCCAUCCACCAAAGGAUGAAGAGGAAUACAUGAGACCAGCCGUUUUGGUGCCUGCGGAGAUACCCAUUGCAUGAUGACGAGUGUUUGCUUCACAUGAAUUUUACUAGACGAGCUGCCUUGUUAUGACUUUCGCAAAACAUAUGUGAUGUAGUAACCAGUAAGGGCUAUUUAUCCUUGUUUAAGCCUGUACUGUUUUUGCUAUUGCCAUCUUCCAAACUAGUGAUUUCUUUGGUGGUCGAUUUUCAUUUAA